AUGCAAAAUUUACGUGCUGAUGCGGUGGAGUACACUCCGUCAUGGCAGAAAAGAUCGUCGGCGGUGGCUGUAACUGCACCCACACCGACUACUCUACCGGCUCGCGCUACGUUGCCUACCCCCAAGACUGGGUUCACAACUUCCAUGACAUCCACUAACACCAUCACAACACAUAGUGGGUUUUCUGCACAGGCGACAACUCCUCAAUCUCCGUCGUGUCCCCCACAAGGGCAGCAACAGCAAACAGUGGUGCCCCCGCCUACACGUAGCCCCGUUUCAACUCAUGUAAUACCCACUCGAAUGAGUCCCGUGCAUGCGCCUUCGGCGGCAUUUCACAUGAGCCCUAAUGCAGUAAGUUACGUACCACGGGGUGCAGCGGCCGGCUCACUUAUGCCACUGCCAACAUCAACUGCAGACCUUGCGGUAGAGAAGGAGUUGCAGCGGAAACAGCAAAGCGGUUCUCCCUCUACCUCCAGUUGGGUUACUACAUGUACGAAAAGUAAUGGCGUGCGGUCGGCAACAUCGCCAGUUCCCAAGGCCGGGUCAACGCCUAUUGUGGCGGAGAUCAGUGUCGACAAAACGGAUGAGGAGGUAUUAGAAAUUAGCAGGUGCAGCUCAUUGAAAGCCUCGGCGCCGGCUUUUUUGCCGCGCCGCACGCUGAACCGCUCCAACAUGACGAAACCCUCGCCUUUUACCCUCACUCCCGACUCUGGUGAUAUGAGAUUUGGUGACCCCUGGUGUCUCUUCUACCUUCCAGUUGGUGGGCCCGACAGCACGAGGGAAAGUACUUAUGACCCCACGCUCGUUUUUCGUAUGGACUGCAUCUCUUCCUUCUGGAAAGUCUUCAACAAUAUUCCGGAGCCAACACGUAUGUGCGCUGGGACGUUGUACCUCUUCCGCGAUGGUAUCAAUCCAAAGUGGGAAGAUCUGAGGAAUCGUGAUGGCGGUAUUGUGAGGGCGAAGGUAAGGCCUCAAGUGGUUGACGAUGCUUGGUUGCAUCUUCUUUGCCGCACUGUUGGGGAGUCCUGGUCAAGGUCAGUGCGCAACAGUGUCAACGGUAUUGCCCUGAAGGUGCGAGCGGCUGCUUUCAUGUUGGAAGUAUGGGUCACAGAGCAGACUUCAGAGCUGAUGAGCGACAUCAGUGAGCUGCUGCACAAGUUUCUAGGGGAUGCAUUUCAGGUUCCUUACAUUCCACAUUCCGUCGCACAGGAGAGGGCCGCCACGAAUGCGGCGGCCUUGGCUGUGAAGGAGAAGAAAAAUAGAGGCAAUCGUCGGCUUUGGUGA